CCCUGCUUCACUCAUUUCGCGUUUCGAGUCGUCGCCGCUAGCAUGAACAUCAACCGGCCGCACAAAGGUGGCCUCAAGAUGGGCAACUUCUUUGGCACCUUUGGCUCGCCGAUCCGCACGUCGCACAUGGAAGCAGCGGCCAACGACCGCGACGACCCGUUCCGGAAGCCGCCCAAGCCGCACCACCAUUUGAGCCCGCACGAAAAUGUGUACCAGCGCCCGACGCCCAAGAAGAAGGACGACGAGCCAGCAAAGGAGCCGGCGGUCGACGAAAACGACAUGACCGACGUCGCUACCGUCAAGAACAACGGCGGCCGCGUCGAGCGCAAGCCGUCUGGCAACGACUUUCCCGCCGAGCCGCCGCGCGCGCCGCAGAUCCAGCUCGACGUCGCGCGCAAAGCCAAAAUCCCGCUCUUCUUGCGCUCGCCGCUUUUCGGUGGCACCGACGAGAAGCCGCCGGCGCAGCCCGAGGCCGCACCCGCGCGUCCGGCGCCGGCACCGGUGCAGCCCCCAACGCCCCAUGCCGCACCAGCCGUCGGGCGUCCGGUGCAGUCGCGCAACAUCAAUUUCAGUGAAGUGUCGCUCGGCCGCGUCAUCGGUGAAGGCGCCUUUGGCAAAGUCCACGAAGGCAAGUGGCGCGACCGUCCGGUGGCGGUCAAGCUCCUCAUCUGCCAAGAACUGCGCCAAGACAUCCUCGAAGAGUUCCAGAGCGAAGUCGAAAUCAUGAGUGUCCUCCGGCACCCGAACAUUUGCCGGCUCCUUGGCGCCUGCAUAGAUCCACCCAACCGGUGCUUGGUGGUUGAGCUUCUGCCGCGCGGGUCGCUCUGGGGCGUGCUCCGCACGAGCCGCUCGAUCGACGAGCUCAUGCGCAUCGGGUUCAUCAACGAUACGGCCAAGGGCAUGAGUUAUUUGCACAACUUCCAGCCGCCGAUCCUGCACCGUGAUCUCAAGAGCCCCAACUUGCUCGUCGACCGCAACUACGCGAUCAAGAUCUCGGACUUUGGCCUCUCGCGUGUCAAGGCGCAUGUCCAGACGAUGACGGGCAACUGCGGCACGGUGCAGUGGAUGGCGCCCGAAGUGCUGGGCAACCAAAAGUACACGGAGAAGGCCGACGUCUUCUCGUUCGGGAUCGUCAUCUGGGAGUGCGUCACGGGCGAGUGCCCGUACGACGGGAUGACGCAGAUCCAGGCGGCGCUCGGCGUCCUCAAUCGCAACCUCCGCCCCGUCGUGCCCAAGACGUGCCCGCCGUUCCUGGCGCAGCUCAUGAAGGCGUGCUGGGCGCGCCAGCCCGAGCUCCGUCCGUCCUUUCUACAGAUUGUGAGCGCGCUCCGCGACUAUACGAUCCGCAAGAGCAUGGAAGAGCAAAAGCACUAGUUUCCUCCUACGUUAUAUAACAAAAAAGACCGUGUGUAGCAUGCA